AUGCAGCCGUCAUGUAGCAUCUCCAGCGCCGCCAUCGCGAUACAGCACUUGCUGCUCCCGCUUUCUCUAUUGCUGACGGGUUGUGUAAGCGCAGAACAGCCCGUCUUCACCGACAGCGCCGAGUUCGACAACGAGACGUUCGGAAAAUACCCCGUCCAGACGUUCAAGUCGACGCCGAUCGUCGCCCCAAGGCCGAACUUCCUCUUGCGGGACAACCGCUGCGAGAGCGAUCUCUAUACCUUCCUGACCCCUCGCGGGUAUGUCGAGGCUGCGAGAAAUGCGCAGAUGACCAUACUCGACCAGGGCGGUCACCUCGUCUGGACGUCCGGCUGGGAGGGCAAACAGAUCUACAAUCUCAUGGUGCAGCGGUACCGGGGGCACAACUACCUUACGUUUUGGGCAGGCAACGAUGCCGUGGGUGGGCAUGGCGCCGGCACCUACUACAUGCUCGACGAGGCGUAUACACUUCGACACACUAUCAAAGCGGGCAACAACCUUCAAGGCGACCUGCACGACUUUCGCUUGACGGACAGGGGCACGGCCCUCAUGACAGUCUACGAAGUGCGCGAACAUGACCUUUCAUCAAUGGGAAAGAAGAAGGGCCCCAUUUGGGAUUGCCUGAUACAGGAGAUGGACAUUGAAACCGGCGACGUCGUUUUCCAAUGGCGCGCCGCGGAGCAUUUCAAUAUUUCCGACACGUACCGCGGCAUCGGCGGCGAGGGCGAACCGGGCGGCGCGCCCUUUGACUGGUUCCACAUCAACAGCAUCGACAAGGACCGCAAGGGCAACUACCUCAUUUCGAGUCGCUACAUGAGUAACCUGGCGUACAUUGACGGCCGGACAGGAGACGUAUUGUGGACGUUGGGCGGCAAGAAGAACAUGUUCAAGGACCUGUCGGGCGGUAAGGCGACCAACUUUCGCUACCAGCACGACGCAACAUGGGACCUCGACUACACAGAGAUUACACUGUUUGACAACAGUGACCUUGGGAAGCUUUCCGAUGCGUCGAGGCCGCGGGGAAUGCGCAUCAAGGUGGACCAAGAAGCGCGGACAGUACGCCUCAUCGCGGAGUACCGCAACCCGCAGCAUAUCCCCGCCGAGUCACAGGGCUCGACGCAGACGCUCCCAGGAGGCAACGUUGUCGUGGGAUUCGGCUUCACAGCCGUGUGGACCGAAUUUACCCACGAUGGCACGCCCCUUUGUGAUGUGCACUACGGCUCACAGAGCCGCUUUGGCACAGGCGACGUGCAAUCUUACCGCGUGGUCAAGUUUGCCUGGAAGGGAUUUCCGACGACGACUCCGGACCUGGCUGUCGCGCAGGAUGAUGCUGGUGUGUGGCGGGUGUACGCGAGCUGGAACGGUGCGACUGAAGUGGCCGACUGGGUGCUGCAAGGCGAGGCCGAUGACGAGAACGGCGGCGACGCGUCUGACUGGCAGGUCAUCGAAACAACCGCCAAAGAUGGCUUCGAGACGGACUUCGUGCUCGAUGCGGACCAUCCUCAGUAUCUGCGGGCCGUAGCACUGGACAGUAAGGGCAAUGCGCUGGGGACGAGCAAGGUGCUGGAUGCCGGCAAUGUGACGGUGGAUUACGAAGUCCCGAAGCCGGAGCCGACUGAUAAUAUUGCGUACACGCGCGAGACUGUGGCCUUGGGUGCAGGGGUCGUCGUGGGCAUGGCCUUCGUGGGGAUAUGCGUCCUGGCGCGGCCGGCGAUGCAGGUCUGGAGGCGAUCCGAUCUCGGCCGCAAGACGGUGCUCUACAAGAAGCUAUCUACGGACGGACGGAGGUCUUCGUCCGAGGCUGUGUGA